AAAACUGAGCAACAAGUUGGACCAGCAAUCUGUCUUCUGUACUCAAAUCAAUGAAUUUGGCGCCUUGGGAUAAUAAACUUUGCAGGCCAAUCAUACGUCGUGUUGUCCAGUGUAAUCACUAUCAUUAUCACUCCGAAGCCAUAAAAUUGGAAACAAAAUCGUUUCGGCACUGACCUUUGAGCCGCCGGUACAACGUCUGGGAUCGCGGAUAGAUGGAUCACAGCCAUUGCGCCAUAUGUGAAUCAGCAGUCGAUAGUGCCCAUGCAAAUCCCAGUGAGAGAGAGAGAGGACUUCCAAGCGGUGGCCACUAUCGUGAAUUGGGAACUGGAAAUUGGAAAUUGGGCACUGGGGAUCGGGAAACGAUAAGCAAUCGCGGAUCGGCGCUGAUAGCAGCGGAAUACAAAAUACCUAGCUUGGCUAAUUGCUGUUCCAGUUGCAGCUAGUGCUCCUCUGCCACCAUGAACAUCCUGCUGCGCUUAAUCGUCUUCGCCCUGGAUCCUCUGGGUCUGGGCCGGCGCUUCCUCAUCCGGCCGGCCGUGAAUGUGGGCUGGAACGUCUACGAUCGCGUGCGCAGCAAGGCGGACGAGAAGGUGGGCACGGUGCGGGAGCUGGUCCUCCGACUGGGCCUCAUCGCCUUCGCCGUGGUGCUCAUCAUCUGGCUGGCGGUCUUCAUGUACGCCGCCUUCUACUACGUCUACAUGCCGGCCAUAUCGCACACUCGACCCGUCCACAUGCAGUUCAAAACCUGCCUGGAGACCAGCACGCCCUGCACAUUUCCGCACGCGCACGUCUCGCUGACCAAGAAGCAGCAGCUCCUGAUGGUUGGCCAGGCGUACAAGGUGAUCGUGAACAUCGACAUGCCGGAGUCGCCGCAGAAUCUCGAGCUGGGCAUGUUCAUGGUGUGCGCCGAGAUGAGGGACUACGACUCGAUGCUGAGGGGCCACUCCUGUCGGUCCGCCAUGAUGCGCUAUCGGUCGCCGCUGAUCCGCAUGAUCUCCACGUGGGCCCUGAGUCCGCUCUACGUGCUCGGCUGGAAGGAGGAGUUCCAGCAGGUGCCAGUGGAGAUAUUCUCGCGCUACCUGGAGGAGCGACAGCAUCCCAUAACGGACGUCUACGUGGAGAUACAGUCGCAGAAGAUCCAGUUCUACACGGUCACCCUGCACAUAGUCGCCGAUUUUACCGGGCUGCGGUACAUCAUGUUCAACUGGCCCGUCCUGUCGGCCAUAGUGGCCAUUAGCACCAAUCUGUUCUUUAUACUGGUCGUCUUUCUGCUCAGCUGGUACCACUGGUCCGACGCCAAGUGGCUGCACAGCGUGCAAAUCAAGUACGCCCGGCUCACGAAGUCGCUCGAACCCGACGUAAUGCUCUCCAAGGCGAGCAGCCUGCGCGACGACGACGACGACCUGGUUGCCUACAGUGAUAAGUCCGACAUUGCGGACGUGGGCGGUGACACGCUGAGCGACGUCGAUGCCGACGACUUGGUGCUGGUCAAGAAAUCCCGCGGUGGCAAGCGCGAAUCGCCCGAUGCGCUGCGUAAGCGUCCCACAAAGAAGACCACCGCGGACCAUUGAAAAGUGAAAGGGUGGAGUUGAAACGAGAUGGGAUGGAACGAAGGAGGGACCACCAUUUACCACCGAAGGCUAGACCACCGCCCGUGCGACGCUUGAGCCAAAGACUAAAUAGAUUUAGGACUAAGUUAGUGAACACAGCGACAGCCCACAGCCCACAGCCAGCUGAAGUAUUCCGGCGGAUUAGCCCACAGAGCUCAAGCUUCAACUAGUUCUUACUUAAGUGGUGGACAAAAGUGUAUCACAGUAUAGGUAUUAUUGCCCCAGUUAGAGAUUGCCUUGUAGAUUGCUGAACUGUGCAUUUUCGAUGCAGUUGCUCAUUCGUUGUUAUCUAUGCCCAGUUGGGAACUGCAAUCCAUUGAGCCAUGCAAGUCAAUUAGCUUAACAAGAAAGCAUUCCAUUUGUACAUGAAAUUUUACCAACAAAGGAAGUCGAAUCUAAUGAACUUGUAAACGAACGUGAAUUAAACAGUUUCUCUUGA